AUGAACGGUCAAGCAAUUCCAGGGGCUCUGAAAAUCCAAAAUACUCUGCAUGUUGUGUCAAUGAACAUAAGGUCAUAUAACAACAUGUUCUGCUUCACGUCCAUGGGUGGGAAAAUUGAUAGAACUAUUAACAAUGGAACAUCACCGCCUAUAUUCCGUAUAAAUGGUCAAAAUUUUCAUCGCAUUGGAAGUUUAGUCCCUUCAGUUGGCAUUCAACCUAAAUUUGCCCAAUUAUACAUUCACGAUACAGAGAAUGAGAUAGAAAAUCGCUUCAACUCUUUGAGGGCGCAAAACAAUGGUUCUACAUUGCAUGUUGAGGUAGUACAUGACAUUAAACAAGCGCUAGAUGAACACAAUGUGUUGGUUAAGUCAUUCCGAAUGACCAAGUCGUUUAUUGAAUCUAAUCCUCAAACUCAAAUAAGAAUGAGAUUAAUAGGGAAGAGGACCAAAGAUGCCAGAACUUAUGCGCUUCCAACUACUUCCGAGGUUGCCACUCUCAUUGUUGGAGAUAUAGACCCUUACAUGGGCCAGCGUGAUAUUAUUAUCGAGUCUAGAUCUGGAGUCCUGAAACGAAUAAGUGAAUUAAGCCCUGCUUAUUUACCAUUGCAAUACCCAAUAUUAUUUCCAUAUGGAGAGGAUGGUUUUAGGGAAGAUAUACCUUUUGCUACACAUGGUAGUAAACAAGACUUUUCAAGAAAGAGUGUUUCACAAAGAGAGUACUUCGCGUUCCGUAUACACGAAAGAUCAAAUGAGAUCUCAACUAUAAUGUAUGCUAGAAGGUUAUUCCAGCAAUUCUUGGUUGAUGCAUAUACUAUGGUUGAAUCUUCGAGGUUACUCUAUAUUCGGUUAAAUCAAAAAGCUUUGAGGUGUGAGGCGUACAAAGGUCUCUCUGAUGCGUUGACGCGAGGUGAAGUUCAACCCAGUUCUCAAGUUAUAUACACAAUUGAGUUCCAGAAACGUGGUCUUCCGCAUGCUCACAUAUUACUGUUCCUGCAAGCGAACAGCGAGUUUGCAGAGCCGGCCUUUAUGGACACGAUCAUUUUAGCCGAGAUCCCCGACAAGGUGACAGACAAUGAGUACUACAAACAUGUCGGAGAAUUCAUGUUGCACGGCCAGUGUGGUGCUGCCAGGAUUAAAUCCCCGUGCAUGGCAAAUGGCAAGUGUUCAAAGCAUUUUCCAAAAAGAUACAUUGAUGCAUCGCAUUUUGACCAGGAUGGCUACCCGUUGUCAAUCAAGUACUUAUUCAAGUAUGUAAACAAGGGCAACGACCGGGUCACUGCUGAGUUUUAUAAGGCUACGAUCGAUGGAGCUUGUAACGAGAUUGUGGAUGAGAUAAACAUGUACUAUGAUUGCAGAUACGUAUCUGCAUGUGAGGCAACAUGGAGGUUGUUUAGUUUUGAAGUACAGUACAGAACUCCCCCGGUUGAGCGAUUAAGCUUUCACUUGCCGGACUGCCAAUCAGUUGUUUUCCAAGACGAUGAUACGAUUGAUAAUGUCCUCAAUAGGGAAACCGUUGGGCAAAGUAUGUUUAAUGCAUGGUUUGUAGCCAAUCAGAAUUUCAAAGAAGCGAGUUUACUGACGUACAUCGAGAUGCCUACCAAAUUUGUGUGGAAAAAGGACAUGCGUGAAUGGCAUCCAAGAAAGAAGGGUUCCUCAAUUGGUAGAUUAUUCUAUGUACCUCCAGCUUCAGGGGAAAUAUAUUAUUUGAGGUGUCUAUUGAACAUAGUCCAUGGUCCAAAAAGUUACAAAGAUAUUAGGACAGUUAACGGUGUUGAGUACUUGACCUUUAGAGAUGCGUGUUAUGCUCAUGGAUUGCUAGACGAUGAUAAAGAGUACAUUGAUGCUAUAAAUGAAGCAAGCUACUGGUCAACUGCGCAUUCAUUGAGGAAGCUAUUUGUUGUUUUACUAACAUCAUCAUCAAUUAUUAGACCCGAAAAUGUUUGGAAUCAAGUGUGGGAACAUUUGUCUGAAGAUGCUCAACACUAUCAAAGGAGAGUAUUAAAACAACAAGAGGAAGAGAAAAAGAACUUUGCAUUAUUUCAAUUGGAAAACCUGUUGGGUCAACAAAACAAGUCUUUAAAAGACUACCCCCCGAUGCCAACACCAAGUACUGAUAAUUCACGGUUGUUUCAAAAUCGUUUGCUUUUUGAAGAGUUGUCUUACGAUUCGGAACAGUUGAAGACAGAUUCUGAAGUGCUUUGUGCCAAACUAACUGAAGAACAGGGUCUCAUUUAUGAUACUGUUAUCCAAGAUAUUGCAAACAAUAAAGGUGGCUUAUUUUUUGUUUAUGGUUACGGUGGAACAGGAAAGACUUUCCUGUGGAGAGCGUUAUCAGCUGCAGUCAGAUGCAAAGGCCAAAUCGUUUUAAAUGUCGCCUCAAGUGGCAUAGCUUCUUUGUUGUUACCAGGUGGCCGGACUGCACACUCGAGAUUUGCAAUACCUAUUGCAAUAAAUGAGGACUUUACCUGUAACAUUAAGCAAGGUAGCGACUUGGCUGAAUUGCUGAUCAAGACGAGCUUGAUCAUUUGGGAUGAAGCUCCCAUGAUGCACAAACAUUGCUUUGAAGCUUUAGACAGAACCAUGCGGGAUUUGUUGCGUUUUGUAGACCCUAAUAGUGAAAUGAAGACGUUUGGUGGUAAAACAGUUGUUUUGGGUGGAGAUUUCCGCCAAAUUCUUCCAGUAGUUCCCAAAGGUACACGGCUCAGCUCGGUACCAAAUGGUGGAAACCGACAGGCAUUACAAGAGUUUGCUGACUGGAUUGCCAAUAUCGGCGAUGGAAAGCUUGGUGGGCCGAAUAACGAGUUCGCAGAUGUUGAAAUACCAAUGCACAUGUCAUACUAUAGUUCAGACGCAGUAUGCAAAGCCAAUGGCGAUAACGGUAUAUUUGGAGAUGUACACACACCGGAAUUUCUAAACAGCAUUCGGGUUUCAGGUCUACCAAAUCAUACACUGUCUUUGAAAAUCGGAUCACCAGUAAUGUUAAUGAGAAAUAUUGACCAUUCUCUUGGUUUGUGCAAUGGAACUCGGUUGAUAAUCACAAAGCUUGCAGAUCAUGUGAUUGAAGGCGAGAUUCUGACUGGUCCCAACAAAGGUACAAAAGUGUUAAUCCCCCGAAUGUCAAUGGCACCCUCGGAUCCAAGAUUGCCGUUCAAGUUUCAAAGAAGGCAAUUUCCAUUGAUGCUUUCAUAUGCGAUGACCAUAAACAAAAGUCAAGGCCAAACGUUGACUCAUGUAGGUUUAAUACUAAAGAAACCGGUUUUUGUACACGGUCAGUUGUACGUAGCUGCAUCUCGGGUUAAUAAUCCAGACGGUCUCAAAAUAUUGAUAGCAAAAGACUCAAGUUCAACUACAACCUCAACCACUAAUGUUGUAUAUCAUGAAGUUUUCAAUAAUUUGUAG